UCCUCCCGAUAAAGAAAAAACAACACAAUGAGUACUGCACAAGGGGAAACCCUCCCAGAUGCCUGGGACUACAAAGGCCGUCCGGCCGAGAGGUCUAAAACCGGCGGUUGGACCGCCGCCGCCAUGAUUUUGGGCGGAGAGGCAAUGGAGAGGUUAACGACGCUGGGUAUUGCAGUCAAUCUGGUGACUUAUUUGACUUCUACUAUGCAUUUGGGAAAUGCUACCGCUGCCAACACAGUCACCAACUUCCUCGGCACCUCCUUCAUGCUCUGUUUAUUCGGCGGCUUUAUUGCAGACACCUUUCUUGGGAGGUAUCUCACAAUUGCCAUCUUCGCCAUCGUACAAGCAGCUGGUGUCACGAUCUUGACAAUCUCAACCGUAAUCCCCAGCCUCCGACCCCCAAAAUGCACCGCCGGCGGUGUUCGACCCUGCAUCCCGGCGAGCGGCACGCAGUUAGUAGUUCUGUAUAUGGCGCUGUACCUCACCGCCCUGGGCACCGGGGGUCUAAAAUCAAGCGUGUCAGGAUUUGGGUCGGACCAGUUUGACGAUUCCGACAAAGGGGAAAGGCUCCAAAUGACGAACUUCUUCAACUGGUUCUUCUUCUUCAUAAGCAUCGGAUCGCUAGGGGCGGUGACAGUUCUGGUGUACAUCCAGGACAAUCUCGGGAGGGAGUGGGGUUACGGAAUCUGCGCAUUCGCCAUUCUGCUUGGGUUGGUUGUGUUCUUGUCGGGCACUAGGCGGUACCGGUACAAGAAGCUCGCCGGUAGCCCGCUGACGCAGAUUGCUGCCGUGUUUGUCGCUGCCUGGCGGAAGAGGGAUUUGAAACUUCCUUCGGAUUCAUCGUUUCUGUUCAACGUCGAUGACAUUCAAGACGAGGGACCGUGGAAGAAGAAGCAGAGAUUGCCCCAUACCAAACAAUUCCGGUUAGUGGUUACUACACCUAUCUACCUCAACCCUCAACCAACUAUAUUAACUGCUUUUCCAUUUUACUUAUAA